CCCGAGCCGUGACAUCACUUCGCUUUCCACCCGGAGUGGCCUCGGCAGGCAGGAGCCCGGGCUGAGCCCGUCCGGGGAGCGCGGUCCGGGCCCGGCGUGCGCCCCCCUGCAGUGCCGACGCCGUGAGGAGUGGAGCAGAGAAACCUCCCCCAGAGCUGUCCUGCCCUGGGCAAACCUGGGCCAGGCAGGGCAACAGCCACUCCUGCCCAGGGCGCUUCCUCUGCGCGGAGCCUCGUCAAACACCAGCGUUCUGCAGCUCCCGCGCUCCAGGGCGGCGGCCGGCCGAGGUCCUGGGUGCUCCGCGCCGGUGACGCUGGUGACCAGGCAGAGGUGACAAGGGAAGGCUGGAAGGUGCUGCUGGGUCUGGAGUCAGGCCCCUGAAACGAGGGCUCGAUGUCGGGAGCUGUGGCCGAGGGCCGGGGAGACAUGAAGCCAGAAGAGGGCGGCAGCGAGCCGGGAACCAGCCAGGAGCUGCUGCAGAGACUGCGGGAGCUGGAGGCGGAGAACUCGGCCCUGGCUCAGGCCAACGAGAACCAGAGGGAGACCUAUGAGCGCUGCCUGGACGAGGUUGCCAACCACGUGGUGCAGGCUCUGCUCAACCAGAAGGACCUGCGCCAGGAGUGCCUCAAGCUGAAGAAGAGGGUCUUCGACCUGGAGCGCCAGAACCAGACCCUGAGCGACCUCUUCCAGCAGAAGGUGCAGCUGACGACCGGCUCCCUGCCCCAGCUGGCCCUGCACCCGGUGUCCGCGGUGUGCAGCCCCCCAGCCAGUCUCCAGUUGGGCUCGGUGGAGAAGCUGGCCCCCUCGCUGCCCCUGGGACGCUGCGCCCUGCCGAGGGAGGUGGGGUACGGCUCUCAGUCCAUGGAGGCGUUGUCUCCCUUCUUCAAGAAGAAAGCACAGAUCCUGGAGGUGCUGCGGAAGCUGGAGGAGACGGACCCCCUGCUGUGCCCCCCACCCUGCCAUCUGUCUCCCUGGAGGGACCCCCACCACUCCCCCGCUGAGCCCGGCUCCCACAAAUUUCAGCCGGUCCUAGCAGACAGCCGGAGCCAGCCGGAGUCGCCGGUGAAUGGGGAGGGACCCCCGGCCGAGCCCCUGGCCGCCCCCCAUGAGCUGUGGCCGUCCUGCCUGCUGCGAGCACAGAAUGGCCUGGAGGAGGCGCUGAAGUGGAAGGGCGAGGAGGGGGGGGUCCUGGAGGCCGAGGGGGGGCGCCCCCAGCUGCUCCCCCCACUGUGCUGCCAGCAGAAGAGCGAGGGCAGCUCCUCCUCCUCCUCCGACGAGAACGGGGAGCUGGGCCCCCCGGGCGAGGCCCUGCUGAGCUCCCUGCCUGAGAAGAAGCUGGACCUGGGGCUGCUGCUGGAGGAGACGGAGUGCUACCUGCAGCACUUCCUGAAGCAGGGCUGCCCGCUCAACGGGGAGCCAGCCGCUGCCUGCCGGCCGCAGGGGCCCCCAGGGGCGCUGAGCCCCAGGCCAGGGCUGCUGGCCAAGGCCCUGAGCCAGGACAUGCUCACCGGCCUCUCGGUCAUGGGCAGGGGCCAGCCCACGAAGCCGGCGUCGGGCCUGGCCCAGGACAGCGCAGACAAGCCAGCUUUCGGCACAGCCGCCGGCGGCCAGGACCUGGGGCCCUUCCUGGAGCCGGCCCUGGAGCGCCAGGCCUACGUCAGCGUCUGCCUCUCCGGAGACGAGCCCCCCGAGAAGAGUGCCAAGGGCUCUGGCCAGGCCUCGGCUCAGGGCAAGCCCAAGCUGCAGCCGGGCCCCGUGUCCCCGGGCGCCGGGGCACUUCCCCUGCCCUCCCCCUCCAAGAUGGUCAAGUUCCUGAAGAUGCCCACGCCCGGGGAGAAGCCGCAGGGCCCCAACCCUCUGCGCCUGAGCCCCCAGCUCACCCGGAGCUCCAGGAUCCCCUGCCGCAGCAACAACUACGAGCCGUGCCCCUCGCCCGUGCUCAGCCGCAGGGCCUCCCCCGAGGGGCCCGCGGUGCCCGCCUGCCCCCUGCCCCCUGGGGCCGGCGGCCAGGGCUCCCCCAAGGCUGGCAGACACCUGGCCCCCGGGACGGCCGAGGCCGCCGUGCACUUCCCGGAGCCCCAUGACUACGAGAAUGUCUCGGAGCUGUCGGUGGGCGGCCUGGCCUCUCCGCUGGAGCAGCCCAAGGGCUCCCACUCCACCCCGUCGCAAGGCGCCAGGCCAGAUGCCCCGCGCUGCCCGCCGGAGUUGUGCCCCUAUGCCCCUGCCAAGGAGGGCCGGGAGCGCGGCGCUGAAUCCCCGCCGGCCGCCCGCAGGAAUGCUGGGGGCUCUGCCGGGCCCAGGCGGCCUAGGAACAGCUCUGGGAAGAAGCAGCUGGAGCUGGGACACCUGCCGUUUAAGGAGCGUCUGUCGGCACUGGGGAAGCUGAAGGGUGCCGAGGCCGGGGAGCGGAAGGAGGCGCUGGGCCCGGAGAAAAACAGCUGCCCCGGGAAGGCCAGGGCACCAGGCCGGCCCUGCGAGGAGGUGCUGGAGGCCAGGGCACAGCUUCGGCCGGGCGCAGGCGGCAGCCUCAAACACCAGGAGCAGUGCCACGGCGGGGAGCCCGCCGGGCGGUGCUACUCUGGCUCGGUGGGCUCCCGGCUGGAGGCUGAGACCUGCUCCUCAAAGCACUACGCCGCCAAAGCCCGCCAGCCGGGGGCGCUGUGCCCAGCGGGGACCCCCCUGGGCCCCAGGAACCCCCCCAAAGCCCCUCCGGUGCCCCCGGCCAAGGGCGCCAAGAGCCCCCAUGGGAGCCCCACCAAGCUGCCCUCCAAAUCUCCUACCAAGGCGCCGGCCAAGGCUGGGGCUCCCCGCCCGCCUGCAGAGGAGCCAAGGCCCGGUGGCCCCAAGCCGCCCCUCACGCCGCCGCCCAGCGCGGGCCGCAAGCCCCCCGAGUGUGCCAGGGCCCCGCCCCUGCCUGGCCGAGCGCUGCCCGCGGUCCGCCCCGCGCUGCACUCGGCCAUCGAGGAGAAGGUGAUGAAGGGCAUCGAGGAGAAUGUGCUGCGCCGGCAGGGCCAGGACAAGGGGCUGGCAGGUGAGGGGAAGCCAAAGAACUCGAGUGGCAUCGCCAGCUGGUUCGGGCUGCGCCGGAGCAAGCUGCCUGCCCUGAGCCGGCGGCCGGAGGGGCUCCAGUGGGGCGGGGGCGCCUCGCCGCUGCGCCGGGAGGGGAAAGUGGCGGCCUGCAAGCUGGAGGCAGAGAGCCUCAACAUCUCCAAGCUGAUGGAGAAGGCGGAGGAUCUGCGCAAGGCACUGGAGGCGGAGAAGGCCUUCAUCAACGGGCUGGCGCUGGAGAAGGGCCGGCCCCACGCCUGCGGCAUCCUCAUGGAGCAGACGCAGAACGAGCUCCAGGUCAUGUACCAGGAGGUGACGGCUGAAAACUUCAUGCAGCAGCUGCUGAACAGGGUGGACGGGAAGGAAGCCUACGAGAGCCGGCUGGAGCAGAAGAGGGAGCUCCGGGAUUUCCAGAGGGUCUCGCAUGACGCCAAAGACCCCAGGCUCUUCCGGCCCCCGCGGAACGGCAUCGUUGGCCACCUGCGGAGCUGUGAGGAGACCCCCGAGAAGGGCCCUGACUCGAAGCUCCGGGAGGAAAUCCCGUCGGACGACAGCCUGGCCGAGUCAGUGAACUCCCAGCACUUCACAGCGUGUGGCUCCCUGACACGGACCCUGGACAGCGGCAUCGGCACCUUCCCUCCCCCCGACUACUGCAGUGGGGCUCCCAGUAAAAACCUCCCCAAGCUGAAACCCAGCCUGGACCCGCUGCCCAGCCUUGCCCCGGGGCAGCCCCCCGGCGGCAGCAGAGUCCCCCGCAAGGCCCGCACGCUGGAGAGGGAGGUGCCCAGCGCGGAGGACGUUCUGGCACCCGGCAAGCACCAGAGCAUGCCCGCGUUCCACGGAGUGCUGGCCGGCGCGGAGCCGCCCCCGAGCCUGCGCGGCCACAGAGUCUGCCCCGAAGACCCCCGCCUGGAACCCGGCCGAGCGCGGCGAGUGCAGCAGAGCAAGAACUGGACCUUCCCCAACUCCAAGGCUUGCGGCGGCUCCGCGGACCCCUUCCUGUGCACGGCCCGGGACCUGGAGGGGCUGCAUGGGCUGGCCGGGAGCUCCGCGCACAGCACCGCCGAGAGGAAACGAGCCUCCUCGGACGGGCCCCGCCUGCCGCCCCCCUCCCCACAGGCGUUCAGCGCCAGCCGGACGCCCAGUGCCUCUGACGUGGGCGAGGAGGGCAGCAUGGAGCUGAAGUCCAGGGACACGGGGCAGGGCCAGCCGGGCCUGGAGAACUCGGAAUCGCUCAGUGACUCGCUCUACGACAGCCUCUCCUCCUGCGGGAGCCAAGGGUAACGGGUGCCCCGGAGCCCCCCUUCGCGGGAGGAGGGAUCAUCUGGUGCUGGAGGGGGAAGAGCUGCCUGCCCCCUCCUCCCCCCGUGCUGCCCCCACCCCUCAGGAGCCCGGCACUGGGGCCGUCCAGAGCCCAUUGCUGGCACCGGGGCCGCAGAAUCCUGCCAAGGUGUCUCAAACCAAGUCCGUCCCCCCCCACCCGACAGAGGAGCCACCACCACAUCUUCCACCCUGGACCCCUUUCCAAGGGGCCGGAGCAGCUGCCUCCCCCUGGACGCAGCCCCCAGCCAUUGGGCAGGGCCCCGGGCUCCUCCCUGGUGUCGCAGGGCCUGUCUGCGCUGUCGUCUCAGCUCUGGGGACGUCCGCAUGGAGCCAGGCUCCUGCGCCGCCCUCCCCACCUCUGAACCCCCUCCCCACGCGGAUUGGACCAGGGGCCCCUCGGGUGCAGUCUCCACCAGGGCCCGGAGCCAGCCGCUGCCAAGGAAGGUGCAAGACGCCCUGCGGUGGGGAGGGGUCUCCCCUGUUGGCUAGGGCCUGACCAGUCUGUCCAGCAGGGGGCGCUGUGCCCUUCUCAGGUAACUGGACGGUCUCUUGUUCUUGCUGCAUUGACUGUCCGGUCCCUUUGCUCUACACCUCAAUCUCUUGUGGCAGUGAGUUCCACAGGCUCGUCAUGGGGAAGGGGGAGAUUUGCCUUCCUCUGAUGCACCAGCUAUGGGCCUGUGCUGGAGGGGUGGGUGCCGCCGAGUGGCGUGAGUCGAUGCUGUAGAAACCAGGAGUCCUAAGCCCCCGUCUCCCCGGGAGUAAAAAGGGCUGAGUGGCUGGAGCGCAAGGGUUUCCAGCCGUCCUGUUACUGGAGUCGCGGAAUGGGACAUGUUCCCCGACCCCCCUGUCCCUUCAGUGCCAGGUUGGGUCGUUCCUCUCCACUGGUGCUGGGGGGCAGACCCUGUGAGCUGACCCCAGCUGGGUCCUGGAGCUGCCGUGGGGCCAGGCCGGCGGCUCCCGCUCCCGCCCCUUGUCUUCUGUGUUCGGGUCGGUCUCCCGGUCCCGUGGCCGUGUGCCCCUCGCCUGGCUCUCUCCAAUGGUGCUAUUGCCGUGUACAGACCCCCUCCCCAGCCCCACUUCCCUUUCUCGCCUUCCCGUUGGGUUUUUUAUUCAAUGACGCCGCCCUCCCACGUUGUUUUAUUUAUCUAAGUUAUUGUGAAUCCAGCUGUUUAUUGCCUGCCUUGGUCUCCCUUCAAACUGCCAAUAAAAGGUUA